AUGUCUGACUCCAGUACUUCGAUGGAAACACUUGACGGUUUACUGGUAAAACAUUUGGAUACUCUUGAUCUCUACAUGGCUGAGUACCAAACUGUAGAAACUCAUCUUAAAAAGGCAUUCUUUGACCUGGCUAGGGCCAAGGUAGCCCUUGGACCCAAUAGAGUUGGCAAGAACAGCUACGAUCUGACUCCAAAGGCUGCCGUCAAGAGGGCGUGUUUAAACUCUUCAGGGUCGAACGACGCUCCUUCGGUACCAUCUGACGGAGAUGUUCAUGACACCUUCAGUCUGAAUAAUUACAUACCUGCGCCUCCCGACUUGGAUGAACAAGUGAUUGCUGAACAAGCGUCUACCUCGCCUUCUGAUCUCAAGGCUGGAACAUUGGAUGUCGAUCAAAAGUCUCAAGGAUUACUCCGGCGCAGAAAGGCUACUCAACUUGAAAAAGAUAACACGACCGAUGACGCUAAUGGUAUCACAACAUCUCCAGAGCCUAGCCAGCAGAACGACGACGAUUCCAUGCAGCCAGUUUCAACUAAACCUUCACAUCCGGCACCGAUUCAUCCCAUUCAUCAAUUUGCUGCCUUUCCGCCUCCGUCACUGAAAGCGGCCGAGACAGGCUUUUCGACCGCACUGGAAAGUAUCAUUCGGGUAUUGAACGUUCGGUACCAAUUGAACAGUCUAGAGUCUGCCAUUGAGUUGCAGAAAAGCAGGACAACCUCUGAUGCAGUUUGA